GAGGGAAGACCGGAAGCCACGGUCGCGUCCCCAUCCUUAGAUUUGCUCCCCGGGACUGGGAGCGGAGACGGAGGAGGAGGGAGAGGCUGAAUGUUGGCUCCGUGAUAAAGGGGAGCGGCCGCUCCGGAGCCUACUCCCGGGGCGCCCUCCUCAUCCCGCGCACUCUCCGCACCCACCCGGCUUCUGGGCGCGCGGCCCACGCGGACAGCCGGGCCGCGCAGACCUUCGCUAAAGAGGCGCUGCCCGCGACGGGGACUGGCCGGCGGCGUCCGAGGCCCGCGCCCCGCCGCCACCCCCACCCGCUAGCCGGCCGGUGCCUCCGGCCGCCGCCAUGUCCUCUUCCUCAUCCUCCCCCAGGGAGACGUACGAGGAGGAUCGGGAGUACGAGAGCCAGGCCAAGCGCCUCAAGACCGAGGAGGGGGAGAUCGACUACUCGGCCGAGGAAGGCGAGAACCGCCGGGAAGCGACGCCCCGGGGCGGGGGCGAUAGCGGCGGCGGUGGCGGCGGCCGGAGCUUUUCACAGCCGGAGGCAGGUGGAAGUCAUCAUAAAGUUUCUGUUUCACCCGUUGUCCAUGUUCGAGGACUCUGUGAAUCUGUGGUGGAAGCAGACCUUGUGGAGGCUCUGGAAAAAUUUGGGACAAUAUGCUAUGUGAUGAUGAUGCCAUUUAAACGGCAGGCUCUAGUGGAAUUUGAGAACAUAGAUAGUGCCAAAGAAUGUGUGACGUUUGCUGCAGAUGAACCCGUGUACAUAGCUGGUCAGCAGGCUUUUUUCAACUAUUCUACAAGCAAAAGGAUCACUCGGCCAGGAAAUACUGAUGAUCCAUCAGGAGGCAACAAAGUUCUUCUGCUAUCAAUUCAGAAUCCUCUUUAUCCAAUUACGGUGGAUGUUUUAUAUACUGUAUGCAAUCCUGUUGGAAAAGUGCAACGUAUUGUUAUAUUCAAGAGAAAUGGGAUACAAGCAAUGCUUAUGUUUGAAUCAGUCCUUUGUGCGCAGAAAGCUAAAGCAGCACUCAAUGGAGCAGAUAUAUAUGCUGGAUGUUGCACACUAAAAAUUGAAUACGCAAGGCCAACUCGUCUAAAUGUUAUUAGGAACGACAAUGACAGUUGGGACUACACUAAACCAUAUUUGGGAAGACGAGAUAGAGGAAAGGGUCGCCAGAGACAAGCCAUUUUGGGAGAACACCCUUCUUCGUUUAGACAUGAUGGCUAUGGAUCCCAUGGUCCAUUAUUACCUUUACCAAGUCGUUACAGAAUGGGUUCUCGAGAUACACCUGAGCUUGUUGCCUAUCCGUUACCGCAGGCAUCUUCCUCUUACAUGCAUGGAGGAAAUCCCUCUGGUUCAGUUGUAAUGGUUAGUGGAUUACAUCAACUAAAAAUGAAUUGUUCAAGAGUCUUCAACCUAUUCUGCUUAUAUGGAAAUAUUGAAAAGGUAAAAUUUAUGAAGACCAUUCCUGGCACAGCACUGGUAGAAAUGGGUGAUGAGUAUGCUGUAGAAAGAGCUGUCACACAUCUUAACAAUGUCAAAUUAUUUGGGAAAAGACUUAACGUUUGUGUGUCUAAACAACAUUCAGUUGUUCCAAGUCAAAUAUUUGAGCUGGAGGAUGGUACAAGUAGCUACAAGGAUUUUGCAAUGAGCAAAAAUAAUCGCUUUACAAGUGCUGGCCAAGCAUCUAAGAAUAUAAUCCAGCCACCCUCGUGUGUGCUGCAUUAUUAUAAUGUUCCAUUGUGUGUCACAGAAGAGACCUUCACAAAGUUGUGUAAUGACCAUGAAGUUCUUACAUUCAUCAAAUAUAAAGUGUUUGAUGCAAAACCUUCUGCCAAAACACUUUCUGGGCUGUUAGAAUGGGAAUGCAAAACUGAUGCAGUAGAAGCCCUCACAGCACUAAAUCACUACCAGAUAAGAGUUCCAAAUGGUUCCAAUCCCUAUACAUUGAAGCUUUGCUUUUCUACAUCAUCCCAUUUAUAAGAAGAGAAGAGCAUGUUAGAAUUUAUGUUUACCUUUAUUACUUCAAAGCUACACUUCAUUUUAAAAAAGAACUAAAAUGGUUCAUCUAAUGUUGCCUUGCUUACUUUGAUUCAAUAUCCUGUUCUGUAAUAAAUAUUUUGCCUUGAGUAAAUUUGUUGUAAACUUAAAUAUUGAAUUGCUUUCAUUUUAAAUAGAAUAUCAUAAUGUAGACUAUCUACAGCUUUCUUGUAGAUUACACAAAUAUAUGAUUUCUAAUCUUAUUUUUCUUCCACAGUGAAAAUAUAUUUGCAUUCUUAAUGCUAAUUAUCUGCAAGUAUUUU